AUGCGGACAAUUCCUGUCGUCCUCUUUCCUGGUGAGACGGAGGCGGGAAAUGAUGUCGUCUUUACGCGUUGGGUUCACAGAUAUCAUCAUCUACCAAGAUUAUGGAAUCUCCAAGACAGCACUUCACUUGCUAACGUUCGGCUUGAGCGAAAGCUGCGCUUUGAUUUUGCUACACAAAAGGCCAAAGGCCAACUGCGAUCGUUCUAUCGCACCCGUUAUGCUGCGGCAGCUACGUACCCGCACUCCAGUGUACCUGCUGCUGCAGCCCCCUCCACUCCCGCACCGACUGGUGGGAAGCGGUAUGGGUCGACUGACCCCAAAGACGACGUUCAAAAGCGUCAGCGGCAUGCGGACAAUCCUGCUACAGUGGAACUUCGUACUCCCACGAGUUCUCCGACUCCGGGUACCCUCGCCGCUGUACCAAGUACUGGUACUGACCGUCGCGACAACGUCGCUGCAGGAUUCUAUCAACAUGGUACUGUUGAUCUCCUUGCUCGUCAACUAGAGCAGGCGCUGGUCGGUGAAUCUCGACGCGUCGUUGACCAUUCAGUGCACGAGGUGCAAAGUCUUUGUGACCGAGUGGCGCGUCUUGAAGGACAAAUGAAUCUUCUCUUUAGGGUACAUCGACUUGUGGCAACGCCAACUCGUCCAGCGCAAGCGCCUCGUGAUCCAUUCGCGACGGAUCAUGGUAAGGCUUAA